UCCGUUCCAGCAGUUUGUAAACAUAGCGAAAGGAGAGAUGGAGUCGACCAGAGGACUCACGUAAAGCAUUAACGUUAUAUAAUAAAUUAAGAACUUGUGUCAGUCAUAGAUAGUUAGCUAAACCUAUUUUAAUUAAUACACCCCGUCGCUUGCUCGUUUUCUGUAGAUAAUACUAGUGUUAAAAGGUUUAUAACAACCCAGACGUCCUGCAACAUAUGUGGUUUUAUGGUUAGAGGUGGUUGAUCCGCGGAGUGUAUAACUAAAAGAAAAACAGCUUAUUCCAGUAUUAAGUUCGAUCCGAAGAGUCUGAUCUGGCAAUAGGGAUCGCGGGGGUCAGCGAAACCGUCCUCCGUAUCGCCGGUUCGGUUCAAUGGGGAACUGUCUAUCCUCGCAGGGCGCAGAUGACUUGUCGCUGCUAAACGAGUCAGAGGGAGCCAGUCUACCAGGGGAGCCACCACCGCCUUACCAGGAGCGUGCCCAAGUGCCCGUGUACCAUCCCACGCCCAGCCAGACCCGUCUGGCUACCCAGCUCACAGAGGAAGAGCAGGUCCGCAUUGCGCAAAGGAUAGGCCUCAUCCAGCACCUCCCCCGUGGCAUCUUUGACCCUGGCUCAGAACCUUCUGACAAGAAAGUCAAAGAGUGUGUGAUCUGCAUGAUGGACUUCGAGUAUGGAGACCCCAUCCGGUUUCUGCCCUGUCUGCACAUCUAUCAUGUGGACUGCAUUGAUGCCUGGCUCAUGCGCUCGUUCACCUGCCCCUCCUGCAUGGAGCCAGUUGAUGCUGCCCUGCUCUCCUCUUAUGAGACUAACUGAGCCAGCCCCACCCCUGAGUUACCACACCCCCUGUGAAACACACUAGUGAAGCUGUCCAGUGGUGGAGGUACUAGCGACUGGAGGGAGGGGUUGAGGAACGGGAGGGAAUGUGUGUUGAGAUGGAGCGUGUCAAGAGCCAUUUAUGGGUGGGCGGGCAGGCUGUGGAAAAGGGCAGAAUGGAAGGAGGAUGGAUGGAUGGAUGGGGAUGAAGGGAUGCGUCUUUGCUUGCAGGCCAAAGACCUGGUUUAAACUCCCUGCACAAAGUCCUCAAUGAAGGAUGAAUGAAACAGGUGAAUACAUGGGGAAAAGUUUUAAGAGAACACACAUUACUGAUAAUUCUUGGGGGGAGAAAAAGUAUAUUCGUUGGUUCUGUUAAUGUGCUUGAUUUUUGAUCUUUGUUACACCCUACCUUCAGAAGUCCAAAGGUGCAAUACAUGACAGAGGAAUCUCAAGCUGUGCUGUGUUCUGGUUGGUCAAAGGGUGGAUUUCUGCAGUUACUGCUUUGUAACAACUGGCUUUCCCUUUUCAAGACUGUAUAGAACAGCUGGUACCAAGCAUUUCUUGUGAAUGAGGAAAGGGGUGGUGCAAAUAAGCAAUGGCCUAUAGGAUUCUCCACAAAAAGACAACUCAAAAGCACAGAGCCUUGUAGUGGAAUGCAAUUUGUAAUAUUAAUGGGGUACCCAAAAAGUGCAGUCAGGCUUAUGAAGAUUUCAGACAGUGUCAUGCCAUCUCAGUUUUCUUUUGUGUUCAUCAUCAGAAUCACCAUUAUUUUGUCUCUGAUUUUAUUUGAGAUGUUUUCUUUGCGUUUGCUUCAGUGAGGUAGAAGGGCUUGGUUUGAUCUGUAGCCUCCAAAGCUGCUGUUUUUUUUCAGUUUUGCCUUUAUAUAUGUAUGUACAUGAUCCUAAGGAGUUUUGCCUUCUAUUUGUGCUCUAUGCCAUUGGGGCUACGUAUGGAGUUGUGUUGUUGUUGUCGUCAAUUACCUUUUUUCAAAGCAAAAAUGAUGUGCAAUCCACAGAAUUUGCACACCUUUGCACCUCUCUACCCAUCCUCUCGCUCGUUUGUAGUUGUAAUUGAGGUAUUUUCUGUUGUGAUACUAUCGAAUGUUUCUUCCCAGUCCUACCAAUGUUUUUCUUCUUUCUGUAAUCUGUGAAGGAAAAAAAAACCUAAAUAACAUUAAAGAUAAUGUACUUAAGUAUUCAAUCAAGUAGGAGGUAAUGCAGACAAUGACUCAUGUCAAAUGUCAGCUGAAUGAAAUGACUAUUAAUAUGACUAUUGUUAUGGUCAUAUCAAUUACCUGUUCCAUUUUAACAGGCAGUGACAUUUCAGAAGUUUUUACAACAUUUUGGCUAUUGCAAUAAACACUACACAGUGAGACACAAGUGCAUAUUUUCCAUAUUGGCAGGAGAGGAGGAAGGAAGAAAGUGUCAUCUGAAGUCAUCAAAACGUUAAAAUAUUGUGAAAUACAAUCAUCUCUUAUACAUGUGAUUAUUAGUCAUUUUUCUUUUGCUUAAGAUUGACCUUGACACACAAACCAAGAAGUGUCUACAGGUAAGAGCUGUAUGAUCAACAGGAAAAAGAAGUCAGAAUUCCCUGGCUGCUGUUACUAUUAUAUUGGUUUUCUUUUCUUUUUUCUUUAGAUGUGUGCAAUAAUGGCACGGCUUUUAUGGAAAAAUCUACAGGCCACAAUAAAGGUGGAUGCCAAAUUAUUCUUGAGUUACUGUUACAUGCCUCUUCAAUGUAUGUGAUUCAAGAGAAUAUGUCACUGUCUAAUAGUAUUCACAUAAUUCUAUGUCAGCGGCUCAACUGAAUCAACA